UGAGUGAAAACCUGGUGUGGAUGCUACCAGAAAAAGUCCUUUGAAAACACCUUUUUUUCCCCAAAACACAAAAGUAGACCUUCUCUCUAAUCCAUCACGUUGGCACUGAAAACUUCCAAAGCACCAAUUUAACUUAAAGCUGUGAUUUUAAUAAAGUUGUAAUGUUUGUGCCCUUGUCAGUUACAACCAGGAAACCUGUGAUUCUCAUUAACCAGUGUUUGUUUUUCCUCUGCUAUCCUAAAAUUCCUAUAAAAUCUAGUAGUUUUUAAAAUGUAGCCGUCUCCUGUCACAGAGUGAGGCUUCACCUCUGCACUCAGGUGGCACCACGGUUCAUGCUGACCAAAUCAUCAUGUACAAUAUAAAGUAUAAUUAAGCAGAAAAGAAGAAACAGAGCAUUAAAGGGAACCACCAAACUUGAUAUAUGAGUGGGAAGCAGGAUGCGGAAUCACUUGGCGUCCCCACCAGGAGGGGGCAAUAUCGUGUUGAAGAGGUCAGCUGCAGUGAACGUGCGCGUCUUUAUGUUCUGACCCCCCCAAAAAAGAUGACCUGUUAUUUCUAGGAGAAGGUACCACCAUGUCUCGCGCUGUUGUGGAUUAAAAACACUUAAAAGGGAAAGGAACUAAAAUCAGCCAAUCACGUUAAUGUGCCAGGAAGCUGAGACCCUGGAUUCUCCACCCUCAUCACCACAGUGAAACGCCGGGUCCUCCUCCUCACACCCACGCUGGGCAGCACUGUGAAUAGUCUGCACGGAGUUGCUGGAAAGGUUUUCGAAACCAGCAGAAGAUUUUGUGUUUGCAGAAGUUUUGGUCAGGGGAGGCUGCAUCUUUGGAGACGCCGUUUGAAGCCAAGUGCGCAUUUUUUGCGCUUUGUUAUUACCUUGAAGGACUCUGGCUACAUGGAUUCGUCUCUUGAGUUUUCCAGUUCUUUGGGUAGUGUUUCCUCACUGCUAACCCGCUGUCGAACAUUUAAGGUGCUUGUGAUUGGAGACUCCGGGGUGGGUAAAACCUGCCUCACCCACCGACUGUGCGCCGGGGAGUUUCCCUGCAGAUCGGAGGCUACCAUCGGCGUGGACUUCCGCGAAAGAGUGCUUGAAAUCGAUGGAGAGAAAAUUAAGCUCCAGCUGUGGGACACAGCCGGACAGGAGCGCUUUCGUAAAUCCAUGGUGCAACACUACUACCGUAACGUCCACGCGGUGCUCUUCAUUUAUGAUGUCACCUCUCCUGCCAGCUUUAGCAGCCUGACUUCCUGGGUAGAAGAAUGCCGGCAGCACUCCCUCGGCCAGGACAUACCCAGAUUCCUGGUGGGGAAUAAGAGCGACCUCCGUGACCCCAAAAAGACUGACAGCCAGGUGAGCCAGGAGCGGGCAAUGAGCUUUUCCAAAGCCCACGGCAUGAUCUUCUUUGAGACAUCUGCCAAGGAUCCUCCAAAGAAAGGCACAAGUGGACAACAAGGUAGCAGGCAGGCACUGUAUCAGCAGGAUAAUGUGGAGGACAUCGUCACCGCUGUUAGCCUCAAGCUGAAGAGACAGAAGAAACUCCUGACAGCGAAUUCCCUGGCGUACAGCGGCUCCUUUAAACUCACUAACAAGAAGGCCGAGAAGGAGCCGAUGACCUGCUGCUGAGAGCGAGGAGGACGAGGACAUGCCAAUCCAGUCCAGUCACUCUCACACAGAACUUUAAUAUUUAAACUCUUAAAAAUGCAAAACGUGCCACUCAGAAAUUUAGUGUAUAUUUGUGAUCUCAGUGUUUAUAAAAGCUGCAAAAUAAAAUACUGUGAAUGUAAACAUGCAAGUGAGCUUUCGAUGCAGUGACGCUGUUUGUUUUCAGCGUGCGUGGUCUCACUGGCUGAGCUCAGGGUUUUCUCAUUUCCCUGUUUUGUGCCUCCUUGUCUCCUCUUUCCUUCUUGUAUCUCAGUGCCUACAGUGCGUCUCGAGGAGAGAGGAGGCUUUGCAGGAGCUGCUAUGAGUGAGGAAGCACAGGUGUGUAAUCUCCAUCUGUGACGUAUGCACAAAUAUGCAAACCACGGCAGGAUGAGGACUCUAUAAAAAGGUGUUUUAUUUCUGUUUUUACGAUGAAUAAAAUAAUAAAAAUGCAUGAUAUUCACACAUUGUU